AUGUAUCGGCUUCGUCUCCGCACCCGCAUUACGAAGGUGCGCUGGACCAAUAGCGGAAACGGCUGGAUUGUGGAAAUACAGUCGGGGGAGAGAUCGAUAGAGUGUGACAAGUUAAUCUAUGCCCCGGGCGCAAACUCCAGCCCUAUUCGACCGGCCUGGGCCCGCAAGAGUUUUGACAAGACUGUCAUCCACUCACUGGAAAUAGCAGGCAGUCUUGCCCGGAUCGAGAGUGACAAGAUCCAACGAGCGACCGUGGUGGGAGCGUCGAGGUCAUCGUAUGAUACCGUCUAUCAGCUGCUCAAGGCUAGAAAGAAGGUAGACUAG